UGGCUGUUAGGACCCCUGUCCUGCCAACCGAGCAUAUGAUGCAGCAGCGGUGUGAAGGUGAGGGUCCGAGAGUCUUCAUCAUUUCUCUGGACUAAAGCUGAAAUAAAGGACUUUUCUCCAUGGAGAACGACAUACUGGACUCUCUGGAGGAUCUGGGGUAUCAGGGCCCGUUGUUAGAUGAUGGAGCUCUUCAGGCGGCUCUCAGCGGUGGUGCUGCGUCUCCUGAAUUUACCAAACUGUGUGCGUGGCUCGUCUCCGAACUCAAACUCUACUGCAGACUGGAGGAGAACGUUCACGCUACUAACUGUCCAAGUGAGGCUGAAGGUUUCCAGUUGGAGAUGAGCGGUUUGCUAACAGAGUUAGCGUGUCCAUACUCCUGUCUCACACGAGGAGACGUCACACACCGCCUGCUGAACGCCAACAACUGUCAACUACUGCUCACGUUCCUGAUCUCGGAGCUGGAAUCUGCUCGGAUGGUGUUGGUGAAUGCUCCUCAGAGGAAAGUUCAGGAUGGAGGAGGAAGCUCCUGCAGUGAGCUCUUCCUGGAGCUGAAGGGCAUCUGUGUGUCUCUGGGCAUGUCCAAGCCUCCAUCCAACAUCACCAUGUUCCAGUUCUUCAGUGGAAUCGAGAAAAAACUGAAGGAAGUGUUAUCUAAAGUUCCUCCUCGUCACGUUGGUGAGCCUCUGAUGACCAAAGCCCUCGGUCCUCUUCACUGGGAGAAACUGGAAGUUAUUAACCAGGCUCUGGUGAAUGAGUACGAGGUGAGGAGGAAGAUGUUGCUGAAGCGUCUGGACGUGACGGUUCAGUCCUUCGGCUGGUCAGACAGAGCCAAGAGCCAGACUGAGAAGUUAGCUAAAGUCUACCAGCCCCUCCGGUCAGUGCUGGCCUUUAAGAGCCGCGUGUCUGUCGCUCACCUUCUCGCCGCCCGAGAAGAUUUAUCCAAAAUCCUGCGCACGAGCAGCGGCAAGACCCGAGAAAAAACCUCCUGCGCCAUCAACAAGGUUUUGAUGGGACGUGUUCCAGAUCGUGGAGGAAGACCGAAUGAAAUCGAGCCUCCUCCUCCAGAGAUGCCAGUGUGGCAGAAACGGCAAGACGGUCCAACAGGGGGUGGCGGAGGGCGAGGGGGAGGCAGGGGUGGCUACGAUCAACACCAAGGAGGACGAGGAGGGGGUGGAAGAGGGGAUAGAGGGAGUAAAGUACAAGGAGGCUGGUCAGAUGGUGGGAAUCAGGGUCAUUAUCAAGAUGGAGGAAGAGGAGGGUACCGUGGAGGCUACCAGGGUGGGCACCAAGGGCAAGGAUACACGGGAGGAGGAGGAUAUCAAGGGCAAGGAUACCAAGGUGGAGGGGGGCAGCAAGGGCAAGGAUACCAAGGUGGAGGGGGGCAUCAAGGGCAAGGAUACCAAAGUGGAGGGUAUCAAGGGGGUAAUCAAGGACACGGAUACUCUGGGGGGUAUCAAGGGGGUAACCAAGGGCAGGGAUACUCUGGAGGAGGUUACCAGGGGGGGCAACAAGGACAAGACGGUGGUAGCAAAGGUCACUACCAGGAUGGUGGGCGACAACAGGAGCGAGGAGGUCGAGGGGGUCGUGGAGGAAGGGGGCGAGGAGGACGAGGUGGGCAAGGUGGAGGCUGGGGUGGUAGAGGGGGGCAGAAUUUUAAUCAAGGAGGGCAAUUUGAGCAGUUCUUCCAACAUGGUGGGCAACAGUAUAACCAGUCAGGGUUUGGACAGGGGUUUUACUCCAGCUGAGUUCGACAAGAGAUCAACAGGAAGUAAAGAUAGACAAUGAGAUGAGUUACAAAGAAAUGGUGGUUGAUUUUCUUGUUCUUCUGCUAACAGAUAUGCUAACUGCUUAGCUUAGCUAAGAUUAAUAAUCUUCUUGACCUUUGGGACAUGGACGACUCUGAAAGCCUUAACUUGAAGUGUUUACCACGAGAACCCUUCAUCUUCAUGGUGUUAUUUAUUGCCAGCACUUGACGGUUGAUUUUCUUCCCCCCUUUCCAGCACUCUGUAACUCACCAUGGUAGUGUGUUUUAUUUUCUAUUUCUGUUUAAAACACUUGUUUACAAAAAAUGGAUGAUGAGGAGGGAGGGAGAGAGAGAGGGAGGGAGAAAGGGAGAGACGUUUCAUCAUCCAGUGCAUGAGUGUUCCUUUCGGUUUGAGCGAAAGAAAAGAAGUUUCCGUUAAAGAAUUCCCAUUUCAGUUUUGUUUGAGGAAUUCCUUCUGAAAGUGUGUUUCGAGUGUGUGUGAAGACAGCAAUAAAGCAAAGUAUGUAA